CACUUCGUAGAUCUCCUUGUUAACACGGUCAUUGAGCCCAGAAGCAUCCUUCUUGAUCUGGUCAAUGGUAGUGCGCAGGUUGUCGCGCAGUUGCUCCGGAGAGAAGCCCAAUUGGCCGAUGGGCAGCCGAAUGACGGCAUCGCGCUCUCUGUAAACGGUACCUCCACGCAGCAUCUCCACACGAGAAGCAAUAUCUUCCACCACGGUACCAGUCUUCACACUCGGCAUCAGACCACGGGGACCGAGGAUACGGCCCAGAGCAGCCUUGUUAAGUGCUGGCAAACUGUCGGGGUGAGCAAGACAGCGGUCGAACUCAAUCUUGCCAGCCUUCACGGCCUCAAACACCUCAUCCUCGCCAACCAGAAUGGCUCCUGCGGCAAGUGCAUCCUUUGCUAUCUUCGAUCCGGGAGGACAGAUGACGCAGAUGCGGGAUUCGGUUUGGACAGCAUGGGGGAAUCGGAUCAUGUUUCGGAUAACGGGACCGUCUCGCCUUGUGCGCAGGCGAAUGUGAACUUCGUACUUUGAAACUGUGGGCUCGCGGCCGACUUCGACAGCCCGGAGAUACCUGCGGAGAAGACGUUAUGUCAAAAAUCGAUCCAUAUUUGAGAGAUCAUCAAUGGACCUGUAUCAAUCCACUCAUAAGGGCCGCAUACCGCAUCGCAUCGCAAAGAGCAAACUGCUCCAUAUCCUUCAAGUUCUUCUGACGGAAUUCACGGGGACCUUUCUUAUCCGACUUGCUAUCCUUCUUCCCCUUGCCUCUGGCUUGCGGGUUGCUCUUCGCACCUCGGACUUGCUGGAAUACUGCGAAAGACGGGGCGAUUGACUUCUCCCGAAGAGCUGGACGGCAUGAUGAAAGAAUACCGCGUGCCACAGCGGGCAAUGCGGUGCCGUAAGACGACAUGACUGAUAGGCGUGGACUGAGCAAGACGUCGGAGCCGCAGACGGAGACAUGCAAUUAUUGUUUUCUGCCGGACAGCUCUCGGCUCCGGAUCAUUAUACCGCCGGCCACCGAUUAUGAUAAUGACUGCCCCUCCUCCAAAUUUAUUACCCAUAGUCAUACAUUGUUCUGUGCAAUAUACAAAAGCACAAAAUGACCCAAUUCGAUCUGACUGUGGCCACCAGGGCUGGCCACGCAGCCCUGCUGCCUGUGGUCCUCAUUGCCACCUCGAUCAAUGAGGCUCGCCCAUCUCCCGUCAUCAACAUCAAGUAUGAGGAUACUGCUCUCCUCACUGAGGGUGACAAGGCUAUUCUGCAGCUCUCUACAGCCGGCAAGUCUGUGUUCGGCACCAUCCCUGCCAUUCAGGAGCUGUGCGCCCACUUCCCUUACCUUGUGGGCAAGGAUGCCACCCUCGAGAACCAGUGGAUCUCCCAGCUGGACACCUUGACUACCCUUGACUUCAAGGCUCUUGAUCCUGUCCUCCAGAAGCUCGACACUCACCUCCUCCUCCGCUCCUUCGUCGCCGGAUACGCGCUCUCUACCGCCGACAUUGCUCUGUGGGGUGCUCUGCGUGGCAACCGUGUUGCUGCCGCCGCUCUGAAGAAGGGCUCUCUUGUCAACUUGACCCGUUGGUACCGGUUCCUCGAGGAGCUGUGCCCAUGGACCACUGCUGCUAUCGAGGCUCUUACUGCUUCUGCCAAGGAGUCCAAGGCCGCCAAGUCCAAGGCCGGUGCUACCUACGACAUUGCUCUUCUCAACACCGACAAUGGCGUUGUGACUCGUUUCCCCCCAGAGCCCUCUGGUUAUCUCCACAUCGGUCACGCUAAGGCCGCCCUUCUCAACGAUUACUUUGCCCACGAGAAGUACAACGGUACUCUUCUUCUCCGCUUCGACGAUACCAACCCCUCGAACGAGAAGCAGGAGUUCCAGGAUGCUAUCGUUGAGGAUCUUGCUCUCAUGGGCAUCAAGCCCAACAAGGUAUCCUACACGUCCGACUACUUCGACGAGCUCUACGCCUACUGUAUUGAGAUGAUCAAAACUGGCCACGCCUACGCCGAUGACACCGACAAGGAGACUAUGGCUGCUCAGCGUAUGGACGGAAUCCCCAGCGCGCGCCGUGAGCUUUCUGCCGAGGAGAGCUUGGCCCGUCUGGAGGAGAUGAAGAACUCCACCCCCGAGGGUCUUCGCUGGUGCAUCCGUGCUAAGAUCUCCCCCGACGACAAGAACAAGGCCCUCCGUGACCCCGUUAUUUACCGUUGCAACCCCCACCCCCACCACCGCACCGGCUCCAAGUGGAAGAUCUACCCUACCUACGACUUCGCCUGCCCCGUUGUUGACUCGAUGGAGGGUGUCACUCACGCCUUGCGUACUAUUGAGUAUCGUGACCGCAACCCCCAGUAUCAGUGGAUGCUGGAUGCCCUCAAGCUCCGCCACGUUCAAGUUUGGGACUUUGCUCGCAUGAACUUUAUUCGCACCCUGCUGUCCAAGCGUAAGCUGACCAAGCUCGUUGAGAGCGGUGUUGUCUGGGGCUGGGACGACCCUCGUUUCCCUACCAUUCGCGGUAUUCGUCGCCGUGGUAUGACCAUUCCCGCCCUGCGGGAGUUCAUCCUGAAGCAGGGUCCCUCCCGAUCGAUCACCAUGUUCGACUGGGCUCUUAUCUGGGCUACCAACAAGAAGUACAUCGACCCCGUCGCUCCUCGUCACACUGCCGUCGUGAAACAGGAUGUUGUCAAGACUACCAUCACCAAUGCCCCCGCUCCCUUCACCGAGGAGAAGCCUCGCCACGCCAAGAACGCCGCUGUCGGCAUGAAGACCGUUACCUUCGCCCCUAACGUGCUUAUGGAGCAAGUUGACGCCAAGUCGUUCAAGCAGGAUGAGGAAAUCACCUUGAUGAACUGGGGCAACGCCUUUGUUCGCAAGAUCACUACCGAUGCCAACGGCACCAUCACUCACCUCGACCUUGAGCUGAACCCCCAGGGUGACGUCAAGAAGACCGAGAAGAAGGUGACCUGGUUGGCUGAGACUCCCGAUCUGGUCCCCGUCGAGCUCGUUGACUUCGACUACCUGCUGAAGAAGGACACCCUGAGCGAGGAUGACGUCCUCGAGGAUGUCCUCAACUACGACACCGAGACUCGUGAGCCUGCCCUGGCUGACAGCAACGUUGCCCAGUUCAAGGAGGGUGAUAUCAUGCAGUUCGACCGCAAGGGCUUCUACCGCGUUGACCGUGCUUACAGCCCUGGUUCUCCGGCUGUCUUCUUCAACAUUCCUACUGGCAAGGCUAAAUAGGUGUGUAGUGAUGUAAACACUGGUUAGCAUGUAUGAAUGCGACGUGCGAUGGAGAAAAUGAUUACUAGAAGAAAUGAUCACAGUAUAUGAAUCUUAGAAUCCAUUUCUUUUUCGCAACUCCCAUAUUGAUAGUUCAGGUCUUUCC